UUAUGUUCUGAGCUGUGCAAUUUAUCUUAGUUGAGGGCUUCUAGAUCACGUCUUCAAAAGCAAUUGGAUGACGAUUCUUCGGACGACGAGGACUACGACAUCUUCGUAGCUGUUUCGAUUGUGCGCGCGUUUUUGCAUAAAAGCAAACGAAUACAUGGUGGUUCGGUCCCUGGGCAUGCUGUUAUUUUUCGCGAUAGAGAAGGCGGCCACCGGAGGAUGUAUCAAGAUUAUUUGGCGGAUAAUCCGACGUAUGGAGAUGAUUUAUUCCGUCGGAGAUUUAGAAUGAGCAAGCCUCUUUUCCGACGCAUCAUGAAUGCGGUUGAAGCACAUGAUCAUUACUUUGUGCAGAAAAGGGAUGCGGCAGGUGUGCUCAGUCUGAGUUGCUUCCAGAAAGUCACUGCUGCUCUUCGUAUGCUCACAUAUGGGGUUUCUGCUGAUGCUACAGAUGAGUAUAUUCGCAUUGGCGAAAGCACUGCACUUGAGAGUCUACGUAAGUUCGUUACUGCAGUUGUACAAAUAUUUGAAGUUGAAUACCUGAGAUACCCAACUGAGGCUGACGUUGCACGCUUGCUAGCGGUCAAUGAGAAAAGGGGUUUUCCAGGCAUGUUAGGGUCCAUCGAUUGUAUGCAUUGGGAAUGGAAGAAUUGUCCAAUGCAAUCACAGGGCCAGUAUAAGGGGCAUACGAACAGGCCAACUAUCAUUUUAGAAGCUGUUGCAUCUCAUGAUCUUUGGUGUUGGCAUGCAUUUUAUGGGAUGCCUGGUUCUCAUAAUGAUAUUAACGUUCUUCAUCGGUCUCCAUUGUUCGACAACCUGGCCGAAGGUAAAGCUCCAGAGGUUAACUAUACCAUUAAUGGCCAUGACUACAAGAUGAGGUAUUUGCUCGCCGAUGGUAUUUACCCCACAUGGGCGACUUUAGUGAAGACAAUCUCAUGUCCUAUGGGAAACAAGCAGAAAUAUUUUGCAAGAGCACAAGAAGCAGCAAGGAAGGAUGUGGAAAGGUUUUUUGGGGUGUUUCAUUCUAGAUUUGCCAUUAUUCGUCAUCUAGGUCGCAUUUGGGACAGGGAGACACUUGCAUUGAUCAUGAGGUCUUGUGUUAUCAUGCACAAUAUGAUUGUUGAAGAUGAGAGAGUUGUCGACCCUGAUGAGCGGUUCCCGGAUGUUGGUGAAAAUGUGCAGCCUGGUCAUGGCAUGCCUACUCGCACACUAGCUGAAUUUAUUGAAGCUCAUAAAAAGAUCAGAGACAAGCCAACACAUUUCCAGUUGAAAGAAGACCUCAUCGAGCACCUAUGGAAUCGUCAUCCUGAUUUAUACUCCAUGGAACCAACAUCAUGAUUUCUAUUUAUGUUUUUUAUUGAAGUGUUAUAACAUUUUUUCUAAUGAUUUAUUAGUAUGAAACGACACCAAGAUGGGGCAGCAAUAACAAAAUGGUCAUU